UUACUGCUGGCUAUGCAUUUAAACUAGAGAUCACAGUCUCACUGUCUGUUCCCAGCAUAGUAUCAUGAUACAAAGAUGUUCUCCUUAUGUGGACAUUUAGAAAUGUAAUUGUCUCAGAUGUGGGGAAUCUUUAAUCCUAUGUGGGCAUCAAAAACAUUGGAGAAAUGCACACUAUGAAAAACGUAAUUCAUUUAGGAUUGUCAAUGGAAAAUAAGCAAGGAGGACUUACUACAUAGGCUAAUGGUUUCCUUCUAUGUCUGAAACGCGGCCAAAGAAAAACAAGUUACUAUGCCUUGGAUUUGCUGGGUUAUUUUGUUCUACACUGUCAAAUAUACUCCAGCUACUGAAGCCAUUCCAUAUGACUUUCUUAAUUGCUUAAUGAAGGUGCAAACAUAUAGAUACCAGAUUUUUGAGAAGGAAAAAGUUUUUAUUCCAUGCGCUCGGCCUGACCAAGAACAGCGUAGCACUCCGGUGUGUGAAAACUGCAUUCAGUGGUACUUAGAGAAAGGUUUUGGAGACUUAGAUGAGAUUGGAAUGAGCAACUAUGAAAAUAUUACCAAAAAGGGAAAUACUCUUUUGUUUUCUUCAGCUGAAAUCCAGAAUUCAGGAAUGUACAUUUGCAAGGUGGAAAAUGUCUGUUUAAGGAUCAUCCUUGAUGUCAGAACAAAGGAUAUUUGUUUGCCAUAUGAACCAAGCAGUAAAUAUAUUAUAUUAAAUCUAAAAAAUAAUAUCUCAUGUCCUUCACAGCACUGUCACCAUGGGCUGAACAAAUCAAAAGUUAAAUGGUACAAGGAUGGAAAAGAAAUAAUUGAGCGAAUAACAAGAAGAAGUUUAAAAUUAACUGGUGAUGCCAUUGUCUUUACACAAACCUAUGAGCCAGACGGAGGCCUCUAUACCUGUGAUUAUUCUCUGUACAUUAAUGAAAGUCAGUGGACAGUAAGAGCAACUAUUGAUGUUGAAGUUGGUGCAAAAGAGACAGAGAAAAAGCCUGAAAUACUGCAUCCUAAAGACGGUGAACAUAUUGAAGCUGAGCUUGGAAAACCUCUGAAACUACACUGCAGAGUUGUUUUUGGCUUUGAAAGAUAUUUAAACCCUGUCAUAAAUUGGAUAAAGCUGCAUCCUGGUUCUAGAGAAGAGAAACUCGACCACACACAUCUUGAAGUUCCUAAACAACAUGUUACAGGGGUAGGAACUACAUAUAUUCUAACAAGCACGCUGCAGAAAGUGUCGGUAGAUGACUUUAAUUCCACAUUCCUUUGCCAUGUAAGGAAUUCCAAAGGCAACGCUACAAGUGUGAUCAAACUGAUAAGAAAACAAACAGACAUUGUGUUCCUGGUAUAUAUAUUAUGUGUGUCUGUACUGUUACUACUUAUGUUGCUGGUAGGGAGUGGGUUGAUAUAUCUGCAUUGGACUGAAAUAGUACUGCUAUACAGAAACUACUUAGCAAAGGAUGAAACCCUUGGGGAUGAUAAAGAUUUUGAUGCCUUUGUUUCAUACGCAAAGCACAAUUCUGACUUUCAUGAAGAGACUUUUGAAGAUAGUCAUGAUGAAGAAGUAUUUGCAACACAGUUCCUCCCUAGUGUGCUGGAGGAUAAAUACCAUUUCAAACUAUGUCUUUUAGAAAGAGAUAUUCUUCCUGGAGGAGCUUACGUUGAAGAUGUUGUGAAGAUUAUUAAAAGAAGCAGAAGACUCAUUGCCAUACUAUCUCAACGAUACAUCACAAGUCCAAGUGUAUUUGAAUUACAAGCAGCCAUUACCUGUACUUUGGAAGAGGAACCCAUAAAACUAAUCCUGAUUCAGUUGUCACCUUUCAAAGAGCCAAAAUCUUUGCCCCAUAUUGUCAAGAAAGCUCUAAAUGCUCUUCCUACAGUGGAGUGGAAAGGAAACUCAGAUUAUAGUCCUUCCAUAGACACCAAGUUCUGGAACAAGGUUCGAUACCAAAUGCCAGUGAAGAGGCAGAAGAAAAUUGGUUUCUUAAUAUAAUAAAAAAUGUAAUAAAUGUAUUAUAUGUGAAAUAUACA